GUGGGGCCGCUCGGGCGCCGCGCAUGCGCUUCCCAGGCAGCUGCAAUGGCGCCAUCCUGCCACCUGAACAGGUAUCUUCUGCUCAUGGCCCAGGAGCACCUGGAGUUCCGGCUGCCGGAAAUAAAGUCUUUGCUUUCUCUUUUUGGAGGCCAGUUCACCAAUACUCAGGAAACUUAUGGAAAGUCUCCAUUUUGGAUUCUUAACAUUCCCUCUGAAGAUAUUGCAAGAAAUUUAAUGAAACGGACAGUUUGUGCCAAGUCUAUUUUUGAACUGUGGGGCCAUGGAAAAUCUCCCGAGGAGUUGUAUACGUCUCUUAAAAAUUACCCUGUGGAUAAGAUGGUUCCAUAUCUACAUUCAGAUUCUACGUAUAAGAUAAAGAUUCACACAUUCAAUAAAACAUUGACACAAGAAGAAAAAAUCAAAAGAAUAGAUGCACUUGAAUUUCUGCCAUUUGAAGGAAAAGUAGACUUAAAGAAACCACAACAUAUCUUCUCUGUUUUAGAGGACUAUGGUUUGGACCCAAAUUGCAUACCCGAGAAUCCACAUAAUAUUUAUUUUGGUAGAUGGAUUGCGGAUGGACAGAGAGAGCUGAUUGAGUCAUAUAGUGUCAAAAAGAGACAUUUUAUUGGAAAUACAAGCAUGGAUGCUGGUUUAUCAUUCAUCAUGGUCAACCAUGGAAAAGUGAAAGAAAAUGACAUUGUCUUUGAUCCAUUUGUUGGAACAGGUGGCCUUCUGAUAGCUUCUGCUCAUUUUGGUGCAUAUGUAUAUGGGACAGACAUAGACUACAACACAGUUCAUGGCUUGGGAAAGGCUAGUAGGAAAAACCAGAAAUGGAGAGGACCAGAUGAAAAUAUCAGGGCAAACCUUCGUCAAUAUGGUUUAGAGAAGUAUUACCUCGAUGUCCUGGUUUCAGAUGCAGCUAAACCUUCCUGGAGAAAGUUUGCAUAUUUUGAUGCAAUUAUUACCGAUCCUCCGUAUGGUAUCCGAGAAUCUACAAGAAGAACAGGUUCACAGAAAGAAAUACCAAAGGGGAUGGAAAAGUGUCCAGAAAGCCACGUUCCCGUUUCCUUGAGUUAUCACCUGAGUGAUAUGUUUUUUGACCUAUUGAACUUUGCCGCUGAGACCCUUGUAUUAGGGGGAAGACUAGUCUAUUGGUUACCAGUGUAUACACCAGAAUACACUGAAGAGAUGGUGCCCUGGCACCCUUGUCUGAAACUCAUUAGUAACUGCGAGCAAAAGCUUUCCAGUCACACAUCAAGACGCUUGAUCACAAUGGAGAAGGUGAUGAAAUUUGAGAACCAGGACCAGUAUGCACAUCUGCUAAAUGAUCAUUUUCUACUCUACCAAGGCCAUAAUUCCUUCCGUGAGAAAUAUUUCAGUGGAGUAACAAAAAGAAUUGCCAAGGAAGAAAAAUCCAACCAGGAAUAAAAAUUAAGAUUUUGAGCAAUGAAGAAGGAUUGCACAUAUGAUGGGAAAGACCUCUGGAUGUGGGUAUUUGUGUAUAAUAUAGACACAUGGGCUGUUUGAAAUUUUUUAUAGGAAAUAAAAUAUUACAAAUUAAAUAGAGAAUGUAAUAAUUAUCUUUGUUCUAUAGACUUUUGUUGCAUGUGUUGUAAGGUCUUUUAAAACUUACUUAACUUAUAUUUGUACUUUCAAGUGUUAUUGGAAAUUGACUCAACAGUGUAUUUUUUACAAUUAGUGUACAAAGAAUAUAUUGACUUUUAAACUGUAUCUACCAGAUAUGUUAUGGGCAAUUCAUAGUAGUUAAGAAUUUAUUUAUUUAUUUGUUAAAUUUGUUUUUACUUAAAAUUGAUUUGCAUUGCUACCAAUAAACUUCACAGAGAGUUUCUAAAAUCAUGUAGUAUUUAGUUCUUUUCCUCUGGGGAGGUGUAAUGAGGUAAAUGAAUAUUUGUCCAGUUUGUUCCAGACAAGUACUAACAGGGACGGUGGUGAUGCUAAGAAAAGCUAGGACCUGACAAUCUCAAAAGAUUCUAAACUCCUUGAGGCCUGAGUACAUCUGAAGCUCAUCUGUACCUUGGAUUUGCUCUUGCAUUCCUAAAUCUUGACUGUCGGUCAAGUUAACUACCCUCAAUUUUUGGUUUAGAAAGUCACAUAGUUAAAAGCAGUAACAACAGCACAAAUCCUUGAUGGUUCCCUAAUGGUAUUAAGCCUAAUCAGUGUUCUUUGAAAUACAAGCUGUAUUUUUCUUGAAGGAGAAACUUUGCUGAGUCUACAUUGUGUCCAUCAUGGAAAUAUCUUGUUUGAAAACCACUAUACCCAUUAAUUCUGGAUGCUAAUAGCUUUCUGCCUUCGGUGGUCAAAUGUACCUCAGCAGGGCGGCAGUAAACGGAUCCUCUGUCUCUAACCAAAGCCUAUUUUUAUUUAUGUUAUUGUUAUUAUUUUAGUGUUACUGGUGAUUUUUAUGAACUCACGAUAUUAACUUACAUGGCUGCAGAGCUCCAGCAAUGAGAGGUCAGCCUAUCUGCUUCUUUCUCCUUUUCUUCUCUUGCAGCUCUAGAUUUCAGCAGCAGAUCUCAAACAUUUCAGUGAUUAAGUUUUGUUUGGAUUUCUGGAUGUGAUUUGUGGUACACUGGGGAAAAUCUAAAAGUAUCCAAAGAUGAUUUAUUUUCAGUAUUUCUCUUUUAAACCAUCCUAUUUAAAUUUUUUUGAGGUUAUAAUGGGGGGUAAGUAUGAAGUGCUAUAGCUGACUCAAUCGGAAUAUGAAAUUUUUUCACUUAGCUACUUUUUGGAUUGUUAAUAAAUUAGUCCAAGUAAUGUUCUGGAAAUUUGUAACAUUAAUUUUAGUCACUUUGUUUUUAGAUAUUACCCAAUGUAUUAAAACCCUCAAAUUAUUUUUAUUAA